AUGGGACGGGACGAAGCAGCAGCGCGGCGCUCCCUAGCCCUGCUUCUGUGGGCCGCGGCUGCUCGCCAUGCCCCCGGCCUCAGGAUGGGCAACACCAUCCGGGCCCUCGUCGCCUUGGUCCCCACCAGCAGCUGCCAGAACUACCUGCUCGGAGAGCUCGAGGAGAUGCCCCUGGACAAGAUGGUGGACCUGAGCAGCAGCCAGCUGCGCUGGUUCCCCUUGCACGUGUGCUCUUUCCGGGAGCUGGUCAAGCUCUACCUGAGCGACAACAACCUGAGCAGCCUGCCCCCGGAGCUGGAGCAGCUGCAGAACCUGCAGAUCCUGGCCCUGGACUUCAACAACUUCAAGGCUCUGCCCCGCGUCGUGUGCACGCUGAGGCAGCUCUGCAUCCUCUACCUGGGCAACAACAAGCUGCGCGACCUGCCCCCGGAGCUCAGCUGGCUCCAGAACCUGCGGACCCUGUGGCUGGAGAACAACUCUCUCACCCAGCUGCCCGACGUGGUCUGCGAGCUGAGCCUCCUCAAGACCCUGCACGCGGGAUCCAACGCCCUCCGCCUCCUCCCCAGGCAACUGAGUCGCCUGCAGGAGCUGAGGACCAUCUGGCUGUCGGGCAACCUGCUGAACGAUUUCCCAGCUGUGCUCCUCCACAUGCCCUUCCUCGAGGUGAUCGACGUGGAUCGGAACAACAUCUCUCACUUCCCCAGCCUGCUCCACCUGGCAGGCCUCAAGCUGGUCAUCUACGACCACAACCCCUGCAGGAAUGCCCCCAAGGUGGCCAAGGGGGUGCGGCGCGUGGGCCGGUGGGCCGAGGAAACGCCCGAGCCGGACCCCAGGAAAGCCAGGCGGCUCCGGAUGGCCAAGGAGGAGGCGGCUGAGGAAGGCCAGGUACCCGCUCCCCCUGCCCCUCCUCCUCUUCCACCGCCCGCUGGCGAGGACACUUGA